AAAUUAAAGACUCAACUUUGGGAUAGUGUUGUGAAUAUAGUAUUAGUUGAGGCCAAGAAUAUUCGUGAUGACAGCAACUCCAGUGAUAUUCAUUUCAAGUUUAAAUUGGGUUCCGAUAAAUAUAAGAGCAAAGUAAUCCCAAAAGCAGUGAACCCGGUUUGGUCGGAACAAUUUGAUUUGCAUACAUAUCUCGAUCAGUCAAAAGUGUUGGAAAUGUCAUUAUUUGGCAGAGAAGAGAUCGGAAAGUUUUCAAUCAAUUUAAAUGAAUUGGCGGCCGAAGAGACGCAUAAAAUAUGGGCCACUUUAGAAGGAGACGCCGCCUCUGUUUUGAUUUUACUCACAAUUAGCGCAACUCUCGGAUCCGAAACCGUAUCACAUCUUAACAACGAUGUGAACACUAAAGAGCAGCAAAAUUUGCUUCAAAAUAAAUAUAGUUUAUGGAAAAUAUAUAAGGCCGAAGCGUUAGCCUCAGCGGACAUCGGGGUUAAGGACAUUCACUCAGUUUUGGAAAUAACUGUUUACGACGAGGAUAGGGAUAAAAAAGUGGAAUUCUUAGGCAAAGUUGCCAUUCCUUUGCUAAAAAUCAAAAACAACGAGAAAAAAUGGUUUGGUUUAAAGGAUAAGAAAUUAUUAAAUCGUGCGAAGGGACAGAUUCUGUUGGAAAUGAAUGUCUAUUAUAAUAAGGCCAAAGCAAGUAUCCGCACAUUUAAUCCAAGAGAAGACAAAUUUAUAAAACAAGAGCAAAGAUUUAAGCGAAUUGUGUUCAUCCGGAAUGUCAGUCGAUUGAAGGGUUUAAUUAUGGAAGUCUACGAAAUAUUGAAAUUUAUGAAAAGUUGCUUUCAAUGGGAAUCUGUGUCCCGAAGUAUUAUAUCACUCACUAUAUUCCUAAUCACCACAUAUUUCUUCGAGCUAUAUAUGGCGCCCGUCUUUAUUCUCAUGAUUUUCGUUAAAAGUUAUGUUUGGAUUAGAGUUGAGAAUUAUUUUAAUCCCAGUACUAAAGACGAUGCGACUGAAGACUUAGAGGACGGAUCCAUUGAUGAAGAAGACGACGAGACAAAAAAUGAGGAGAAGAAAUCACUUAUGGAAAAGUUGCAAACUGUUCAGGAGAUCACAACAAUGAUCCAGAAUAUUAUCGGCGAAAUCGCAUCGUCCGGCGAAAGAGUCAAAAAUACGUUCAACUUCAGUGUGCCUUUCCUUUCGUGGCUGUUAAUCAUUUGUCUGUCAAUAAUAACAGUCAUCUUGUAUUACAUUCCGUUAAGAUAUUUAAUUAUGGUUUGGGGUAUAAAUAAAUUUACUAAAAAACUUCGCUCUCCCGAUGCAAUCGAUAACAACGAAUUAUUAGACUUCUUAUCCCGCGUACCAGAUGUUGAUGAAAAGGUAAUGCACAGAGAAUUUAGAAUUCAAGCCAAUAAUCAAUUGAAUGCAACCGACGAUCGCAAGAAGAAGAAAAAGACGAGUAACACAUCCAGCGAUCACUUGUGUGAAGCGGCGGCCGCUUUCCUCUGUUGGACCAAAACGUUGGACAACUCGUCUCUCUUCCUCUUAGCUCUCAAA